AUUAGACUCUCAGGGUCACCUACUUGUGGGAUGUUGGAAAUUUUGUGACUAUUCGUAGAAAGUUCUCACUUAGGUUAGAUUUUUGAAAAGUCAAUUGCUAUCUUAUCAACGCAGGACGCUUGCGAAAGUUUACGGAUGGAGCAACAAUUAGACGACUGUGCAGAUAUUAAGUUGUAAACACAAUGGAUGUACAUCACAAGUUGAAUCAAGAUAGCGAUUUUCAGUUUCCAAGCGCUUAUGCUAAAGAAGUUGAAGAAGUACUGGCUAAGCUCAGUUUAAAGUCAGACAGUCUAGAUGAUCCAAAUUUUAAUGUAAUUACAUACAUUAAUGAGAGAUUUCCCAGUGAACAAUCACUGGCAAAUAUAGAUGAGGUAAUAUUAGAAGCAGAGAAGAAAAUUCGUGAAUUAGAUGGUGAAACAAGAGACAUAUUACGUGAUCGUUGGCAAACAGAGGAUAAAGGUCACGAAAUAGUUCAGGAGGCGAGAAAUAUGUUAAAAGUCCUAUUUUCAAGAAUACAGGAUGUGCAAGACCGAGCGACAAGAUCAGAGGAUAUGGUACAAGAGAUAACUAGAGAUAUACAACAAUUCGACCAAGCCAAACGUAACUUAACUGUUUCAAUAACUGCUCUAAAUAAUUUGAUACUUAUCGUCAACGCUAUCGACCGUCUCAACGAAUUACUUGGCAUACAAAGCUCAGUGAGUGAUUCAACACUUCCUGCGAAAACUGAUGACGUGCAUAUCAAUUCUCAGAAUCCAUUUUCUGAAGUUGGUCCUGCUUUCAGGAAUGAAAACUGUUCACCCGAUCAAAUGAAAUUUCAGAAAAUUGCACCAUCUUUCUUAGCGGAAGUGUCUAAUUUACUGGCCCAAGUUCAACGUUUAUUGCAACCUAUGCUCACAGCCUAUGGUUCUGUUCCAUCUGUUGCGGGAUUAUCCAAAGAGCUGGACACUAUUCAUACAGUUCUAGCUGAUCGCUUGAUGAAGAAACUGAAGCUGUUACUUGCGGCAACUAAAACUGUGACGGACAACAAGGAAUUGAUUUUCUCUAUUUGCGAACUUGUUGAUCUCCUCCCUAAGAAUCUGCAUGUCAGUUCGGAUAUCUUAGAUUGGUUCAUCUGCCAUCAUUUAACUGAAUACAAGGAAUUGUUUGAUCCAACUCAAACUGCUGCUUGGUUGGACAAGAUUGAUCAAAGAUAUAACUGGUUACGGACAAAUUUGGUCCCUUUGGAACGCUUAUUUACUUCAGUGUUUCCUCCUUCUUGGUUGGUGACUGAAAGAUUUGUUCUAGAGUUCUGCCAAAUUACACGGACUGGUUUGGAAACCGUUAUGAAGCGUCGUCAGUCAGAACUUACCCAUAACUUAAUUGUCUUUGCAUUGCAACGCACUUUAUCCUUUGAAAGCAGUUUAAACAAAACGUAUACAUCUGAUGCAAUUGAAGCCUUAAAAAGUAAAAUAGUAAAUUCGAAGAAUGUUGAACGUUCACUGAAUCCUUUCGAUGAUGAUGAUGACGAUGAUGAUGUUGGUGGUGGUGGUGGUGUUGGUGAUAAUGAUGAUGGUUCAGGAGAGCUGCAGUGCAAAGAGUCAAGAGAAGACAAAACCGACUUGCCGGUCACAGAGGAUUCUACUAAUACUUGGAAAAUGCAAAUAUUUGAUGGGAUCAUUUCUAGCUGUUUUGACCAAUACUUUGAUCUCUAUUUGGUUCAUGUGGAUAAAGCAUUACGAGAGCAAAUGAUUAAUCGUUUAGUUGGUGAUUUCACUGUCAAUAAAUCAAGCUUAGAAAAUCAGGAUCUCGAGGAUGUUUUCAAAAAUGAUAAUCCUUUUGAUUGUGUGCAAAAUAAACAGAAUUCCAAUGAUCCUGGUGCGAAUACUCUAUAUUCUGCUACUGAUCUUUUCCUAUUUUAUAAACAAAUAUUAAAACAAACACUGCAGUUAAAUCGUGGUCGUGGUCUGUUGGGUCUUGUUCGACUUCUACGACAAUAUCUAUCGGAAUACACUGUGCGUGUGCUUUUAGCUCAGAUUCCAGGUUUAGCGAUUAACAGCAACAAUGGAACUAGUACGGGUCUAUCUGCACCGGAUGUAGCAGCAAAAAUGGCUGCAUUUGGUUUAAGCAGUUUAUCAGCAUUGGGCCUUGGUCGUGGUCAAACGGGAAUCGGUGCUGCACUGGAAAACAUUAAAACACAAAGCAAAAGCACUUCUACACAAUCUGAGGUGAUUACUUCAUCAAGCAAUCAGGUGAUUACUAAUUUACUUCGAGACGAUAUACAGGGAGUUCGACUGAAUAAAGACGAUAUCUACAGAGUAUGUGUUGUACUUGUUACUGCAGCAUUUUGUUUGAAGACCGUAGAAGAUUUGGAAAAACGCCUUAAAUAUGAGGUCAGACCGCCUAGUUGGGCUUCAAAAAUAUCAUUUACUUCUGAACUCGACGCUUUGGCUACAUGCAGAUCUGUUUGUGUUCACCGUUUAGUGGCAGACUUAGAGGCUGGAGUCGAACCGCAGUUGACAGCGAUGGCACGUUUGCCGUGGAACAGUUUUGUUCAAGUAGGAGAUCAAAGUGGAUAUGUAACAUCAAUUGUUAAUCACCUGCGUACUCAAAUUCCUCUUAUAAGAGAAACUUUGUAUACUGUCAGGUAAUAUUAUUAGUUCCAAAUUUUAUUGGAUCCUUUAUCAUUUUUAAAACCAUAUAACAGUGUACUUCUUUGUGUAUUGUUGUUAGGCCAGCUUUUACGCAGAUCUGCAUAAAAUUUGCGGAUACACUAAUCACAAGAUUUGUGAAUUCUUUGUAUCGUUGUAAGCCGGUUAAUACUUUUGGAGCUGAACAGCUUUUGCUGGAUACACAGUCACUGAAAGCUUCUCUUCUUCAAGUACCUCUGUUUGGCGCCAAGUUCACUCAAGCACCUCCACGAAGUUUUACAAAUCUGGUUCAUGAAGGAAUGGGAAAGGCUGAGCGUAUUAUCAAGGCAGUUAUGCUACCAGUUGGUGUUGCCACAUCAGGGAAGCAGGAAUCAGUAAAUCCUCCAAGUGGUUUUGUCAUGGGUCUGAUAGACACGAAUGCAGCCAACGUAUUUCUGGCUAGUUAUGAACAACUGUUGCCUGAUUCCACUCAAACUGAUUUGCAAAAUGUUCUAGACAUGAAAGGUGUUAAAUCAAGUGAUCAGCAAUUAAUUUUGGAUAUUUUUCGUAGUCGAAAGGAACUAAAAUCGACUAUGAAAGAAACCAGUGAAAUUGUGAUAUCUUCAUCUUCUGUUGAAACUAAUAUUGCCACUGCUACUACUUCAGUUGCUACUAACCCGACUACUUCAACAUCAACCUAUGCCAGUAACAUCAUGGCAAAUCCCGCUGACUCCCCUCACAAAAAGUCGGAGAUAGUUUCAUCGAGUCCGUUCGAAUCCUCCUUGUCAGUAGAGGAGAAACAAUUAACAAUAGAUAAAAAAAGGAGACUAUUAAAUAAAAAGAAAUGAAUUCCCCUGUAUCAUUGCGAAUUCACAGAAGGCUUUUUUCUCUUUGAGAAGUAUCUUUGUUGUGAUUUUCUAAAUACUUACUACUUGCUUACUGUGAUUCCAAUUCAAUCUGUUUUGUCUUUUUUAGACAUUUACUUAACGUGUACUGAAUGAUCAUGGUGUGUGUAUGUUAAGUGGCAAGCUUCUGUAUUCAUUAAUCGUGCUACUAACAGUGAUAAUGUUUCUUUAAUGUUGCAUAUUUUUCUUUCUUUAAUGUUUUAAAAUAUAUUGUGAAGCAAAAACAA